GCUUCAAACUGCAGCUAAUUAUGACUAUACAAUGACAAUACAAUUAUCAACAAGUUUCAGUUUUUGCAUUAUAUGUUUGAAAAUAUUUCUUCAGACGAUUUGUCUUACAACAAAGUUUCCACUCAGUCACAUACCUACUCGGGCACGUACAUGUAUUAUAGUGCAAUGAACGCAGUUGAUAGAAACAUAGCAACGUGUAUGAGAACAAAAGACAUAGGGGUCAACUCUCCUGACAGGACAGUGUGGUGGAAAGUGGAUCUUGGUGGAGUUUACAGAGUUUACAACAUUUACAGCAUCAACAUCUUGUUUAAAAACUAUGAUGGGAGGGAGUCCCGGCAACGUGGUCGUUUCGCCGGAUUCUCCUUGUAUAUAUCAAACACCGAUGUAUCAAACAACGCAGAUAUGAAAAGUUCCACUCUGUGUUACAAGAACGGACCACAGUUACCGCCCCUUAACUUUACAACAACAUGUACAUUGUACGGACGUUACGUCUUCUUUUACAACGAGAGGCUUUAUGGAGUUAUCUACCCUGGAAUGUAUGAAAUUUACAAUGUUAUAGAAGAAUUAUGUGAAGUCAUUGUGUAUGGUUGUAAGAGAUCUGGAAUGUAUCGCGAUAACUGUGAUAAAUAUUGCCCCACAAACUGUAAGGACCAUAAGUGUCAUAUACAUAAUGGGACAUGCUAUGCUUGUCAACCUGGAUGGAUGGGAACGACAUGUAAUACAAAAUGUCGAGAUGGAAUGUACGGUUUCAACUGUAGUCACCAAUGUUCAAGCCAUUGUAGAGAUAGGUCUGUCUGUAGUCAUGUGACUGGUCAGUGUGACAGGGGAUGCGAUGCUGGAUGGACUGAAUUAUUCUGUUAUAAUGAGUGUAUAAACGGUACCUAUGGCUAUGACUGUGUCAACAACUGUAGUGGUCACUGUCAAAACAACUAUCCCUGUAACAAACAGACUGGUCUUUGCGAUACAGGAUGCAACCUAGGAUACACUAACAAUUAUUGUAGCAAAAUUUGUCCACAAGGAUAUUAUGGAGAGGGAUGCAAAUACAGUUGUGGUGGACAUUGUGUAAGGAAUGAACCAUGUGAUCACGUCAAUGGCUUGUGUUCUAAUGGUUGUCAGGAUGGAUAUAUUGGAUUACACUGUAAUAGCUCUUGUAGAGACGGGUAUUACGGCAGGAACUGUUCUCAUGUUUGUCCCUUUACCUGUCAGACAUGUCGACACACAGACGGACUCUGUACUUGUAAGGCAGGAUGGACGGGUCAAAGAUGUAAUGAAGAAUGUGGUCAGUCUUUUGGAGUGAACUGUCAAUAUCAAUGCAGUGAAUUCUGUAUAAAUCGAACAUGUGACAGAUUCAGUGGAAGUUGCAUGUAUGGUUGUAUGGAUGGCAAAAAAUGUUAUGAAGACAGAGCUAAUCUACAGAAAGUUGACCCAAAGCUGACAGUGCCACCUUCCAUGGCAUGGAUUGUUGGUUUCUCAUUAUCACUUGCCAUCAACGUUUUUGUCAUCAGUGCCAUUUUGAUUAGGCUAUGGAAAAAAAGAAGUAAACGCCCUCAAAAUCAGAGUGAUACCAAUGAUGACGGUUCUCAUUACCAAGAACUCAGUGUAUCUAAAGGGGACAAAACGUACCAAACUCUGACAGUUACGUGAUUAAAAUUAUGCAAUGGUAUUUGUCAAUAUGAAGCAUAAACUAAAAUGUAAUCAAAUUAAAAUCUGUAAAGGUAGUUGAAAAAAGGGUUGUAUUUUUGCUAAAAAAUUGAAAAUUAUGUGCAUUGAAAUUUAUUUCAUUCAAGGAAGGCUGAAUAAGAAUGUACUUUUUUGUUUGGGGUUAUGUUUUUCAAGAAUGUUAUUCUUAUCUUUAUAAAAAGCCUUAAGGAUGACGUUUACUCAGAAUGAAAAAAAAAUCCACUGAUGAUAAUGAAAAACCAUCUAUUGUGUGUUAUAGACCUUUGCUUGUAUUGUUAUUUUUCACUUUCAGAAAAGUAGGUCAAUGACCUACUUUUUGAGUUAAUGGCUAUUGAAUAUUUAUUGAAAAUUCAAGAAAAAUCCCAUAA